AUGCCGUUACUGAGCUGCGAAGAGUGCCGCAGUCGCAAGGUCAAGUGCGACAAGGUAGCCGACGGCUGUUCGGCUUGUAGAAGUGCUGGUCUGAGAUGCCACACCGUCCAGCGCUCGCGUCUACCGCGCGGUCGAAGCGGCAAGACUAAGAGCAAGAAUGUUGAACUCGAGGAGCGUGUAGUACGCAUCGAGCGGUUGCUCAAGCAAGCAGCAAGUGCUAGAGGACCGGAUCCGAUUCAGUGCCACCCAAGCUUCAGGACUGAAAAUCCACCAUCGAAGCAACCCGCUGGUAAACUUACUGACUUCGUUGCUCCCAUCUUCUGGACUACGCUAGCAGAUGAGGUAGCGGGCUUACGUACUACUCUUGAGGAAGGCUCCGAAGACGAGGCUCCCAACGAUCCGCGUAAUCGCUCCUGUUACCAGAACGAUAGAAGCAACGGUAGCCGCUGUGACUUUCAGUUUCCUCCUGCACUAUCCCUCCCUCGGAGUCUGGGUGGUCCACAAAUCGCCCCUGGCUUUGAAAGCACCUUAUGUGCAAUCUACCGUACGCGAGUGGACAGUGUCUUCAAGAUCCUCCACUGGCCGUCCGCGCUACUUACCGUUCAAGAGAGUGCUGUCUUGGACUCUGUCGGACCCGGACAAGCGCUCGCUUCCGCAAUCUACUUCAUGGCUGUUUGUGCUUUGAGCGACAAUGAGUGCAUGCAGGUCUGUGGCUACCCUCGGCUUUCCAUGCUGAAUGCGUACUGCAGUGCGACUGAGAAGGUUAUCUCGGACGCCAGGAUUAUGCAAGCUCCAAGCAUUGUAGGACUUCAAGCAUACGUCAUCUACCUGAACGCGCUAAGGGCGUCCAAGAAGCACGCGCUGAGCUGGACACUGCUCGCUGUGGCAGUACGUCUCGCAGAUGCGCUCGGCUUAGGACGGGAGGACCCCAGUUCGAUGUCCGCGCUUACUCUUGAGACUCGCCGGCGUCUCUGGUACGGCAUGAGUCUGCUUGAUACUCAAGCUAUGCUGGACCGAGGCUCUACGGCACUGGUUAUGUCUACUGCGCUUGGACCGCCACCGCUCAGUAUUGGCGAUGAGGUCUUAACCUCUUCAGCUAACCCAUCAGCACCACCAACACCCGCACCUGACAUGUUGUUCGCCUCCAUGACUUACAAAGCUAUGGUAUGUCAGAAGCAGAUGAGUGAGGUUGUGACUGAUUCACAGGACGGUUGGAGCGGAUGGAGUCGUAGAGUCGCGCUUGUCUCAGACUUCGAGCAAAGCAUCCAAGUGGAAUACCUUUCCAGCCACACGCUAACCGCACCUAUAGCGAUACUUACCAAAGUAGCAGCAGAAAUCAUACUUGCGAACAUGCAUCUUCUACUGCGAAGGCCGCCAUACCGGAGGAGCCUGACCUCAGUACCACCAUGGGACGACUUUGACGUGCUGCAGAACGCCACUACGGUGUUGGAGCGACAUCUGCAGCUUUUCGAGCAUGCUGACCCGCUCUCACCUUGGGCGUGGAAAGAAUGGACGCCGUGGUACGCACUUGCCGUCGUGUUGGCAGAGCUAUGCCGUGAUGUGAGACAGCCAGGAAGCGAGAAUGCUUUUGUGGUGGCUUGCAGGGUCUUCCGCCGGCACGCGGUGCCAGCAGAUGACAUCGAAUCUGGUAUGCUCUGGAAGCCAAUUGCGCGAUUGUUACGCAGGGUCAAGCGUGAACGCGAGGCUCUCAAGGAUCGCAGCAGCUCAUCCCUGACAGAGAGUGUCGGUAGUCGUGGACCCAAUCACAAGCCUGUGGACGAAGACCACGCUCGGAUGACAACGGCGGCGCAACGUGCUGCACUUGACCGCCAGCCAAAGCCUGCAAUUGGAGAUGCGUCACCAUGCACUGGUCAGGAACACCACGAAAUGGUGGACGGUGCGUUUGACUUCCUGGACAUCGACUUUACUACAUACGAUUAUCUCCCGGGGAUGGAGCUGGAUGAAGAUGUGUCGUGGCUGGAAUGGACACUGCCAUCCUGA